UCAUUCGAGAGUGGUAGGGGUGGUGGGGGGUUAUCCCAAACAUUUGGGUUCCAGGGGCUAAACAAGCACAAAACAAACUUUGCGUGGGUCAAAGAAGCAGCAUGAGGUGAUGUAGAUAUUUUGGACAGGACGUAGAGAUUCGUCGAUAUUCCGCUUGGUCUUUCGGCGUCUUGCCACAGUGCGGGCCCGUCAUUAAACUGGAACUUGAGGUCCACAUUGCACGACACAGUACACGGGCACGUGAAUAACAGCCAUAAAACAUGUUUGUUGCUGUUCGCGUUGCACGCUAAGUGAUUGUAGCAGUUACGCAGGUACGACCCUGCAGGUAAUUAUUUAUCGGGUGACAGCUGCACAUACGAAGUGACACACCUCUAAUUAGAGUUGAAUUAAGGUUUGGUGGAUACGCAGAAUUCCAAGCAGUGAGCUCUAAGAUUAUGGUUGGACAUGAAACACAAAAGGAAGAAGUCUCAUAAAGAAGAGCGUAAGCAUCAUAAGCAUCGCAAAAAAUCUAGAAGGGGGCACCUUGACAAAUUGCCCAGGUCUGAUCGGAAAAGAGGAAAGAAAUUUGAACAAAACAAAAGAUUACUACAUCUAGCUAUGGCCUCUGGAUUUCAAGCCACAUCAUCAGGAUCGUCUACGCAAUGCAUUGAUCUUGAUGAUGACAUAAUGGUAGUCUAUGAUAAAAAUCAAGAAGCAACCCAAAGAGAAAAAAAUACUAAUAGACCAAAAGAAAGCAAAUUUUGUCUGACUAAACCAUUCGAUGUUAAACCUUUAGAUAUACCCUUACCUCCGGAAAAUUGGGUUUCUCAUUCCAAGCGACAUACUGAUUCUAUCAGAUUACAAGAUAUUCCACUCCCUCCCACUCCAAAUACUUACGAAAGAUUACGGAGAGAAAGUGAAAAUGACGAAGAUUAUGAAGCAAAGCAACAGAAAAGGCUUUUAAUGGACAUUCGGAAAUGGGAACCCUCAGAAUUUGGGGAUAAACUGCAGCAUCAAGCUGGAAAUUCUUCGAAACCAUUAAAUAAUUCUUUUAGUAUUAUGUCCUACAACGUGUUAGCUCAAAGUCUAUUGGAGGAACAUAGUCAUCUCUAUCGACGUAAUGAUGAACGGGCACUUGAAUGGAAAGUUCGGAGCAAAGUUCUUUGGAAAGAAAUUAUUGAAGCAGAUGCUGAUAUUUUAUGUCUUCAAGAAGUGCAAGCUAGUCAUAUUGAUUCCUUCUACAGCAAGUUAAAGGAUUUAGGCUAUUCAGGAAAGUUUAAACAAAGGUCUACAAGCAAUUAUGAUGGUUGUGCCAUUUAUUUCAAAACAGACAAGUUUAAACUUAUUGAUAUGGCCCCAGUAGAAUAUUACCAAUACUACAAACCUGGUCUUUCCAUUCUAGACCGUUAUAAUAUUGCAAUAAUUGUACGAUUGGGUUUAUGUGGAUCACAUGAUUCUGAUGAUCAAAUAGUUGUAGCCACCACUCAUCUUUUGUACAAUCCAAGGCGACAUGAUGUGAAACUUGCUCAAACUCAAGUACUCUUAGCAGAAUUAGACCGGUUGGCCUACAUUGGCCUAGAUAAAGAGUCUGGAAAACCCAAAUAUCUCCCUGUAAUAGUUACUGGAGAUUUUAAUCUUAAACCCAAUACCCCAGUUUACAACCUAUUAGUUCAAGGAAAUUUACGUUAUUCUGGCUUAGCUGCAAAAUCUCUUGCUGAACCGUGUUAUGGGCAAGCUCUUCAAGAGGUUUUACUUCCUUUUGAGCUGCAAAUUGCAAAUUCCUGCCAACACUUAGGUUUGUUGCUGCACCGAUUGAAACUAGAAAAUAAUGGUUCAAGAAAGGAGAAGGUACACAUAUCUGAGGUUUCAAAGCUGUACAAUAGUGAAACCUAUAAAUCAUAUCAAAGCUAUACUCUUAAACAGUCUACAAUACCGCUUCUGUAUGAAGAGGAUUUUUGUGGGAGGGUUGAGAAAGGAUUCCUAUUUCACAGAUUUUACUUUCAGAGUGUUUAUAAACAUAAUAAAUGCCUUUCCUCAAAAUGGAUUUGUGAAGCUACUACUUUCCAGGAAGACUGGGUAACAGUAGACUACAUUUUUUAUAGUGGAGCGUUGAAUAAACAAACCCAGCAAGUUGAAGAGGGUAGACUAAAACUUUUGUCCAGUUAUUCUCUUCCCAGCAGGGGGCAAUGUAAUGAGCUUAAAUCAAUACCAAACCUUGUUUGUGGCUCAGACCAUUUCAGUCUAAUGGCUCGUUUUGUUUUAGAAAGAGAUCAAUCUCAUGAACAUAAACUGUGACUUAUAUUUCCAUCUGUUUUGUCUGAUCAUUCGUCAGUUUUUAUUUUUUUCUGUUCAGUAUAUUAGUUUUAGUUUAAAAACAAAAACAAAAACAACUCCUUGUACUGUUGAAAAUGUGAUAUUUGUACCUUAGUUGUGGCUGUUACAAGACAAGUGCCAAAGUCUCUUUGUUGAAACCAUUACUACAUCCUCAACUAUUUUUCUACUGUUCUUUCUUUUUAAAGUAUUAUGGACUGCAUAAUGUUUCAAUAAAUGUGUCCAUGCUAUGGUGAUACUAUAUAUAGAUGUAAAAAUUCAAUAUCAUUGUCCAUGUAGUUUAAUCUACGCUAUAUUUCCUUGCAUUGUUGUCAAUCAGUACUCUUUUCUCCUGUUGUAAGAUAUUGUGUAGAAAUUAAACUUUUCAAUUUGUGCCUUGGCAUGGCUAGCCAAGAUAUUGUUUAAGUUUGGAAGGUAUAUAUCUUCAAAAUAUAACUUUUUGAAUGAA